CAACCAUGUCAUCUGAGAAACAGACGAUCUGCAGAAUACUUCUAAGCAUUAGGAAUGUAUUCAUUGUCACUUUAACUCCAAUUGUUUUGCUACCACUGAUUCUUCUUAUUGACGGAAACGAAGCAAAAUGUGCAUACGUUAUAAUCAUAAUGGCAGUGUUUUGGAUAACAGAAGCUCUGCCGAUAUCUGUGACGGCACUUCUACCAAUCAUCCUAUUUCCUAUGGUCGGACUUCUGUAUGCAAAAGAUGUAUCGAAAACAUAUAUCAAUGACACUGCUGCUUUAUUUAUUGGAGGUUUAAUUGUGGCGGCCGCCAUUGAACAUUGGAACAUACAUAAACGUCUUGCCCUUAGAGUCCUUAUGCUUGUUGGUUCAGAGCCAAGAUGGUUAAUGUUUGGUAUGAUGUUACCCACGUGGUUCCUGUCGAUGUGGAUCAGUAACACCGCUACUACGGCCAUGAUGAUUCCCAUAGCUAACGCUGUCCUGGUCCAAAUGAAGGAAACAAGAGAAGCAGAGAAACAGGACGAGGCCACAGCUGUUGAUCAGGAUGAGGUUGACUUUGAACUGAAAGUUGUACAGAAUGGCAUAAAACAUAGUUCCAAUGGCAACCUAGCCAAUGACCAAGAAAAUCAGUUAAGAGAAAAUGCCAAGAAACGAGCUGACGAAGAAAAAACUGAAAAUGCAGAGUACUCACGUGUAUGUAAGGCACUGUCGUUAGGAAUUGCUUAUUCUGCUAACUGUGGGGGCGUGGCCAGUCUUACCGGAACUGGUCCGAACAUCGUCAUGAAGGGAGCUGCAGACACAGCUUUCGAAGAGAAAAAUGUUCCAUCCCCUGUUACCUUUACAACAUGGAUGCAGUACUGUUUACCAAUAUCCGCCAUACUGGUGAUCUUUGUCUGGGCAUGGCUCCAGGUUCUGUUUCUCCAUUGCAAAACUUUUAAUAGAAAAUCCCCAGAACAAUCAAAGAAAGUGAAAAAUGUUAUAAGAAGAGAAUACGAAGAAUUGGGACCAAUUACGUUCGGACAAGGUGCAGUUAUUGUUCACUUUGUUCUGCUGGCACUGUUGUGGGUCACCAGAGAUUUAGGGGGAGUAGGAGGAUGGGGAGAUUUAUUUCCAAAAAAAACAGUAACAGACUCCACACCGGCUAUUCUUGUCGCCAUCAGCCUAUUUCUAUUUCCCUCUGUUUUGCCUCACAAUUUCAAAGAGAAGGGAAAACCUUUACCUCCUCUUCUUUCAUGGAAGGCAGCGGAGAAAAAAGUUCCAUGGGGAAUAGUUUUGUUGCUUGGAGGAGGAUUUGCUAUCGCAAAAGGGAGCCAGGAAUCUGGAUUAUCGAAAUUGAUAGGAGAACAAUUAACAGUAUUUAAGGAUUUUGAACCUUGGGUGAUGAACCUUGUUUUAUGUUUAAUGGUAGCCGCCGCUACAGAAGUAACAAGCAACGUUGCUAUAUGUACCCUGAUGAUGCCAAUAAUGAAAGAACUGGCUGUCACUCUUGAAGUAAAUCCACUAUACUUCAUGUUCCCGACGGCCAUUGCUACAUCAUUUGCCUUUAUGCUUCCGGUUGCCACCCCACCUAACGCAGUUGUUUUUUCUUACGGAUUUGUCAAGGUUUUAGACAUGGUAAUAGCUGGAUUUCCAUUAAAUAUUAUUGCUGUUCUGGUAUUGGUUCUCGGAACGGAAACAUGGGGAGAAGCAAUAUUUGGAUUUCACACGCUUCCUGAUGCCUUCAAAACAAAAAAUGAUACUACAACGUUUGUAAAUUUCACAACAGCCUUUGUAAACACUUCUACAUUACAGACAACAAUUGUUCCGCUCAAUGGAACUACAUUUUAGAUGUUUUAAAUUUUUAAAGGAAUUUGUUAUCAUAAAAUUUUAUUGUAGUGAUAUUUUAAAAGUACGUUAACAUAAGAAUGAUUGAUCAUGAUUGGACAAAAAAAAUCUAUAAUGUAGCUUGUCGAGAAAAUUAUGAGUUCAUCCAAUCGAUCCAAGGAAAGACAACAUUGUUUUUAUUUAUAAUUGAUAGUUCUGUGGAAUUUCCAGGGAUCCAUGUUUGAUGCCCUGUUCACAGAUUUGUAAUGAUCUAUCGUUUGUUGGGUUUUUUCUUGAGAUGGACCACUGUUCGUUUUUUUUUUUAUUUUUACAUUAGAUCUCAUUAAAUGAAAGUUAUUUGAAUGUGCGAAGUUUUAUAACUCUAAAUGCGCCUUUUGCUCUCAAAUGUGAAAAUAUUAUGAAAUCGUAGGAUUUCUUUUGUGUUCAAAUUUGCGAUUUUCUGCCAUGUUUUAUGUGAAUCUAUACAAAUUGUGGUACAUUUUUAUGACGUUAUAACAAAAUCUUACAAAAUGUCCACACUAUCUUUGGCAAACGUUGAUCAAAUUACUUAUAUGAACUCAAAUAUAAAUAGAGAUAUUGCUGAUUCUCGAAAAAAGUUUGUGUUAUUUAUCCUUAUAAAGUCUCACGAUUUUUUUUUACUUAAUAGAUAUUUUUGGUAUCUGCAACUUUUCAGGCAGUUUAUCGAAAAUUUAAUUUCUUAACAGUUGU